GCGGGGUUAAGGCCAGCUACAGUUGCCGUCUGGCGCAGGAGGUAACGGGUGGGAAGGAGAGGCGUUGGGAAGCGAUCCGCCACCGCCAUCAUGAGCUAUUCAGGUUAUGGAAAUUGGAAUUCUGGAACAAAUAGAGGUUACGAAGAUUAUAAUUAUGGAUAUGGAUACGGUCAGGAUAACUCUGGCAAUUAUGGGUAUGGUAUGGGCACUUCAAACUCUUGGGAAAUGCCUAAUUCAAAUACAGACAUGAACUUUAACGCAUCCACUGGCACCAGCGCUGAUGAUGUAAUUUCAAAUUUUAACCAGCGCUUAGAUAUGGUAUCUCAUCUAGACACUGAAACGAUGCAAGGAGGACAUUAUGGCUCAGGUGGAGACAGGUAUGAUACAUAUGAACCCUAUGAUUCAAGGUCUGCAAUGAAUGACCGUGAUCCAUACAGAUCUGGCUAUGAUUACAGUGAGGCUAAACAUGAAACCGACAAUACCUAUGAAGGUCACUAUGACAGCUCCUAUGGCAACCGCAGGGACCAGUACCACAGUAGGGCACGUGACAACUUUGGCCACAGAGGUCAAAAUUGGGCCAGAGAUGGAAGAAAUAACAGAGGCAUGGCACCUUCAUAUGGGCGUAUGGGUGGACAAUGGAAUGACCCACCAGUACCAAUGGGAGGACGGGGUCAUGGCCCCAACAGACCACCAUCACUUUUUUCCCACAAACUAUUCCCUGAUUACAACAUGUUCCAGGGUAUGCGAGGUUACUCUGGCAAUAUGCGUUUUGGAGGAGGAAGCAUGAAACAACGAAUGAGGAGAAACUGGAAAAUGUGGGAUGCAGAUUUUAAAAAGAAAAGAAUAAAGAAUGAGACAACUGGUAAUAAACGUAAACAAGCUAACAGUUCUGAUGAACCUGAUAGCAAAGCAGCAAAAACAGAUAACUCAGAUAACUCAGACUCUGAUAAUGAAGAAGGGCCUGAAGGAGAAGCUGCUGAGAAGGGUUCUAAAAAUGAGGGAGAGGGGGAUGGUGCUGAAGAUGAAGAAAGAAAAGAAGAAUCGGAGAAAGGUGCUCUGACAAUUCAAGAAGAAAUCAGCCAAAUUAAGCGCAAAUUGCAAGCUGGGAAGAAAACUCAAGAGAGGCAAAAAAAACGUUACCGUGAUCGUAUGGUAGAAAGAAUUCAGUUUGUGUGUUCAUUGUGCAAGUAUCGCACUUUCUAUGAAGAUGAGAUGACCAAUCAUUUGGAAAGCAAAUUUCAUAAAGAGCAUUUUACAUUUGUUGGAACCAAGCUACCCAAGCAGACUGCUGACUUCCUGCAAGAAUAUGUAGCUAACAAAACAAAGAAGACAGAAGAACGUCGUAAAGCAAUUGAAGAUAUUAAUGCAGUUAUACAACAGAUUUACAAAGACCAAGAUCUUACACAAGAUAUAGGUAUGGAACAUUUUGUAAAAAAGGUGGAGGCUGCUCACUGUGUUGCCUGUGACCUUUUCAUCCCAAUGCAAUAUGGAAUCAUCCAGAAACAUCUGAAAUCUCUUGAUCAUAACCACAACCGUAGAGCUAUGAUGGAACAGUCCAAGAAAUCGUCAUUAGUAGUUGCAAGAAGUAUUCUUAACAAUAAACUUAUCAGUAAAAAAUUGGAGAGGUAUCUAAAGGGCGAGAAUCCCUUCACAGAUGAUCCUGAAGAGAAAGAGGAACAUGAAGAAAGUGAGGCAGGAACAAGUGGGAUCAUUGAGGAAACAGCAGCUGAAAGUGAAGGAAACCUAAAUGAAGAGCAAAGUAAAAGUGAUGAUAAUCCUGAGGAAAAUCCAGUGGCUGACAAAAGUGCAGAAAGCAAAGGUGAAGGAGAAGAACUACAAGGACAAAUGGAGGAAUGGAAUUUGACCACAUCUCAAGGUGUUGCUACCGAACAGAAUACAGAACCUGAAGAAGAAAAAGAAGAAACACAAGAGAAACAAGACAUUGUACCUUCAGAGAAGAUGGAACCACCUGAUGAGUGAACUUGCAAAGAAGGUUGAAUCAUUUUGAGACUCUGCAUUAAAUCUUCUAAAACCAUACCUGUAUUUGUGACACACCAUGGCACGUGGCUUUUGGUUUUCAUUGACCUCACUUUCACCUGGUUAACAGCCUUUAUUUGUAAGGUGUUUUUGAAAAUAGCUUUUUUUAACCAAAUUUUCAUUGUAUUAGCUAGAUUUUGUGCAGUACAAUUUUUAAGUGGCUUUGUACUAGGAAAUAUACUUUUUUUAGUAAAUAAUCAAAAUCAAAUUUUGUCAAUUGGCUUAUACCAUACUAAACCUUGGAAGGAUAAAUAACCUCUAAAUUUUCCUGUUUACUUUUGUAUAUAGUUGAAAAUGUUUUAGUUCCAUAGCUAGUCUUGUCUGAAAAUGUCAGUAGCAGAAUUCUGGGUUUUAAAUUCUGCAUGAUUGGAAUAUCUUCCAUGCAAGUGUAGCAUUCUUCUAUCUUUUUACUUUUAAUAUUCAAAAAAGACUUUGGUCAGCACAAUAAUUUUGCAGUGCUUUUAUUUAAGAGGGAACAUUGCAAUAGUUGAUUAUAAAACACUAUUAGGGUUAUAUGUGUUAAGUUUUUGACAGAAGCAGCAAGCUUGUUAUUGUGCAGAAAGCCUCAAGGAGAAAUAAAUGCAUUCUGGCACUUUCCAAAAAUGCAAUUUAUAUUAUUCUGUUUGAGAUCAGGAGGAUUUCUUAGUUUCUGCUUAUUUUAGAUGGAUGUUCUGAAAAUGAAGUCUGUAGCAGCCCAACAAAAAUCUACUGAUGAAAAGUGUUACAAAACAUUAAAUAUUCCCUUCAAAGCGGGUCUUCAAGUUGUUUCAUUUUAAAUCCUCCAAAUCAUCUCUACUGCAUUUGUCAAGAAUAUAGUAUUGCUUCAUUGUUCCUUUGUUUAUUAAGAAUUGCAGGCAUUAAUGCCAUAAGUUUAUUUCAACUCUUGCUGCUACCCCAAUUGCUUUCCAAGCAAUAGUGGUACAGAUACUGAUAUUCUUGUUCAUGCUCAAUUUAUUAUCCUCUCAUUUCUCUUUAUGUACAUGCCUUUUCCUGUAGUGGAGAUCAAGCAAUGGAACCUGAAAAUAUUCAAUGGACAUAUUUUCUUGGAAACCUGCUACAUUAGCAAAGACAAGGGUGAGUGAAGGAAUCAUUACACACUGGGUGGAGACCUUUCAGCCAUAUAAUACUUCUUCUUCCUUUAGACUCAAGCACCAAAUAACUGGUGGAGAAACAUGUAAAAAUAUGUUUGUGAGUAAAAAAUUUUUAGCAAAGUUUCAAUGUAUUGCUUAUUUUUAAUGUAUGAUGACUCAAGCGUUCAUAGUGGUAGCUUUGUCUUGUACUCAAUCAAGUUGUAGAUAAUAAUAAAUUUUAUGAAUGUUGGGAGUACUAAAAUUCCAGUAUAAACUUGUAUUUAUACAUAUGGGUUGGCAUCUUAAAAGGUAUUAGUGGGCUGAACAAAGAAUGAGAAGUUUACAAAUCAGCGUUGAGGUAUUAGCUUUCUGGAAAUAACUGACAGAGACAGAGAUUGCUAAUAUAGCACUUGAGUAAAAUAUUCCAUCUUCUUUCAACAUUUGGGUCCACAUACAUGCCAGUGGUAUGUUUUUGCAAAAUGGUAUUAGUUGCUAUGAGAAUUUUCUUUAAAUCAGAAAAAUGAAUGUUUAUCAAGCCACAUGUUAAUUCCAAAUGAAUAGUACUUACCAUUACCUUAGAAUAACUCAAAUUCAUUAUUUCUUGGACUAUUAGUCAAUUUGUAGGCAAAUUUACUCAUAGUCUGAGUACUUAUACUUGGGAUUCAGUCUUACUAUGUAUUGAGAUAAACAUAAAACAAAUCUAUAUUUUCAUAUAACUUUAAAACCAGGGGUGUUCUUUUUAUUAUUAUAUUUUUAUCCCGCCUUUUUAAUAUAUAACCCAAGGGGGAAAAUAAUUCUCCUGCCUCCUGUUUUUCUCACAACAACCACGCUGUGAGGUGGAUUGUUCUGAGAGAGUGAGUGAUUCACCCAGCCUCUUUUCAUGCCUAACAGGACUGGAACUCUAAGUCUUGGUUUUUCAUUCAGCACCUUCACUGCUGCACCAUACUGGCUUUCCAGUUUCUCUCUCUGGAUUGUGAUAUUUGUACAGGGCAGUUUGCACUGAUGAAGGAUGCUAACUUUUUCCCAGUAUCUGAUACGUUCUUCCUUUGACCCUGUUCUCUCCUUCUCCUCUCUCCCCCCUUCCAAUAUACUCCAGCUGGGACAUAAAUCUUGGAGAGGAAUCCCCUUCUGUUUGAAAUAAGGUACUACUGGAUGGGAAGCAGUCUUGAAUAGAAUUAAUGAGGUUGGGAAUUAACCAAUUAUUUUGUAGAGCCUCAUCUGCAAAUGAUGCUUUGAUACUCCAGGUACAUAAUAACAUAUGGUGAUAACUCAGUUUUUCUGCCUUUUGAAAAUUUGAAUCUGUAUACUUGAAAGAAAAUGCUACUGUAAUUAGUGGUUUUAUUUCAAAUUACAUAGGCAGAUGAUUGCAAUUGACUGAACUAUGUCUAUUCAAUUAAAUAGAUAUUUUCUAAAUAUAUAUGCAUCGGAUCUGGCCAUGGGUCAGGCCAUGGGUUUCCACAUUGCAUUUUGAGUUCAGCCUUUUUUCUUUCAUGUAGGGGUAGCUAUUUAAGCUAUCUAUAAUUGUUUUGUGGAACCAUUAUUAGAUUAAAACACUAUUUUCUAAAUUGCAAUCUGGAGAAUACAAAAGCACAUUUCAAAACCGUUGUACUCAAAGUUAAGAAAUUAUUGAGCUGUUAUAUGUAUGUAUUGUUGCAUACCUGGUAUUGUUGAUAGAAUCAAAGAAAUAGUCUGCCCUAUUCUAGCCUCUGGAGUUACAGUUUCCACAUUCCUGGAAUCUAAAGGAAACUUCCAUUUUUCCAGCAAAAUUUCUUCUGCUGGAGCACAUGGAACCUGCCCCCCUAAAAUCUCACUUCUUUACCUAAUUUGUCCAGAUAGUUAGAAAUAUUUCUUAACAAAAUUUGAGGGCAUAUGAAGUCUGAAAGGUGGAAGAAAACAAUCAAUAGCCCAACUUUAUAAAUUUAAUAUCUGAUUUUAUUUGUCCAUGGUUUUCUUAACUUCUAAGAAGAUAUUACAAUAACCAGUUUAUUUUGCUUGCUGACUAUAACUGAAAUGGUAGAAUAAUUUUCUUUUAUGCACUUUUCAUAUUCAUGUAAGAAUUUCAAUUCAUAUUGGUGUAAAGUGUUGAUGUUCUCCAACUAUUAGAUUCUGAAUGAAAAAAACUGUAAUAAAUAGAAAAAUAUUUGUAAUUCCCUUUUCCUAUGAAUUACAGAAUAUAUUGUAAUUAGCUGUCACUGAACAAAUAGCUCAAGUUUCAUACAUUUUUUGUAUCUCAGGAAGUGUUUUCCUAUGACUUAAGAGGCUUAGAAAAAGGCUUUAAAAUUUUAUAUUCCAAGAAAACUGGGAAAAAAUCAGUGAUUGACAUAAGCUUUGUGGAUUUAAUCAAAUAUAUGCUUUUCGUUAUUAAAAGGCAAGGCAAGUGAUUUUAAAAAUACCAUUCUGCUUGUGGAUAUUUCAUCCACAAACAGAAUGGUAUUUUCAAAAGAAUGGGUGCAUUCUUUUGCAAUAUUAUAAAGUUAAUGUUAAAAUUACUUUGCCUAUAUUGUUUUAAUUGAGUCUGACUGACAAUUGUAGGAAAGCACUUGAGAAAUUGAUGGAUUAAAUAUUUUGAGAAAAGAGGUUAAAAAGGUCGUAUCUCUGGAAUUGGUCCAAAAAAACUUAAAAAGGACAACAAAAUGUAUGGUAGAGCAGCAAGACAUAUUACAGAGUGAGGAGAAAGACUUGUUCUACUUUUGUAGGAAUAGAUUGAUAGGCAUAAGAAAGAGUUUAUAGUGGCAUAUCUGAUUGUUGGAGCAGCAAUUCUCCAGAAGCUCUGGUAUUCUCCUAGGCCAGAUAACCAAGAGACUGUUUUUGUCUCUAGUUCCGAUUGUUUAAAAAUUAUUAUAUAAACGUACUCUCUUUACUCCUACUUCCAUAUAACGCAUACUAUAAUUUUUAUCUCUGCAUAGGAGAAGAAUGCCAGGAUCAAUGCCUUUCUUUAUAAACAAUAUAAAUAUUCUUACAUUAUAAAGAGUUACAUAGCAGAAUAAUUUCAUCUCAUCUUCUGUCACUGCUGCAGCACAAGUUUCUCUUCUGCUUGAAUGUUAUUGACUGUGUUCCUAUAUGAAAUACUAAAUUUUCACAUCAAUUGUUUUUAAAAUUGUAUUUUUCAUGAACAACAAUAUUCUCUCUGUAUAGACAUUUUUAAAUCAACUCCUAGUGAUUGCAUUUCAGCAGUUUUCUUGGCAGCAUUAUGGAAGUGAUUUGAUACUACCACCUUCUAAGAUGUUUUUAUGCCUUCUCCGUCUAGUGAGCCCUAGAGUCAGACAUUCUUCCAUUCAAAUAUUAACCAGGGUUAAUCCUGCUUUGCUUUUCAAAUGGCAAAGAUUUAUAGAACCACCUGCUCAGAUUUCAUUAUUUAAAAAGAGUUCAUUCAGACAGCCAUGAAGUGUUUUCCUUCAGUCUAUUAGCAUUUGUAUUAUUAUUACAGGUUUUAGCUUUAAGAGUACAAGAAAUUCCUUUAUUGCUAACAAUUUGUCCUCCCCUUGUCAUCAAUUUCUGUUCUACUUCAAUAAUUAACUUGGCAAAUACUAUCCUUAUUGCCUUAAUGUAGGACAAGUUAAGAAAAAUAUUUGGUAGCUUCUUCUGGCUUUAUUUUCCCUCCCACUUAAUGUCAUCUUAGUGGGAAAAUAACCACCAAUUUGAGAUGUCCUUGGUGCUCUCUGACCUUGCUUGUUUCUUUGUAGAGGUUUCAUUAUCCAAAUUAGGUAACAUCAUCAGUGCUAGUAAGGAGUGCAGUUUGUUGUAACCUCCUUUUUUGGCUGGGUGAUAGUCUCUUUUGCAUAGUCUAUAGAUGUUAUAUGUGUCUAUUGGUGGUUGAUUUGUCAGAGUGCCGGGCUUCUAGAAAUCCCUUGGAAACAAUCAACCAGCCAAAAAGGGAACAAAAUUACCAAGCACCUCUCCACCAGCAAUCAGCAGCCAGAUCAGCAUACAUUAACUU